UGUCUCUGGACCUGCAACCUCUCUCCAGUCCCUGAGGAACUAAUCAGUUAAUCAGCCUUGUGAAGUGUUCGCUGUAGGCGCAGCUGCUUUCCUGGGAAAGCCACCUGGCUUGACCUUCAGAGGAAAGGAAAGCGUGAUGGCACAUCCUGGUGGAGACUCACUCUGAGCAUAGAACCAAAGGAUGCCUAUUAAAAUAUUGCAAAAUUCAUAUGCUUCUGAAAAUACCAUCUGAAUUUUACUGGUAAAGAAACAGAAGUCUUGAGGAGGAAGUGGAGUUGUUAUUGGUAGCAGGAGACCUGGGACUAGAACAUCACUCCUGUCUGGCCCAGACUGGUCAACAACAUACUAAGAUUUUAAAGGAAGACUUCCAUUUCAUAAUUUGUGUAUAAUCAGUGCAAGCAAAAUUAAGGAAAAAUGGAUGUAGAAAAUGAUCAGAUUCUGAAUGUAAACCCCACUGAUCCUGAUAACUUAAGUGACUCUCUCUUUUCUGGUGAUGAAGAAAAUGCUGGCACUGAGGAAGUAAAGAAUGAAAUAAAUGGAAAUUGGAUUUCCGCAUCUUCUAUUAAUGAAGCUAGAAUUAAUGCCAAGGCAAAAAGACGACUACGGAAAAACUCGUCCCGGGACUCUGGCAGAGGCGAUUCCGUCAGUGAUAAUGGAAGUGAAGUCAUUAGAAGUGGAGUGACUGUGCCCACCAGUCCAAAAGGAAGGUUGUUAGAUAGACGGUCCCGAUCUGGGAAAGGAAGGGGGCUGCCAAAGAAAGGUGGUGCAGGAGGCAAGGGUGUCUGGGGUACACCUGGACAGGUGUAUGAUGUGGAGGAGGUGGAUGUGAAAGACCCAAACUAUGAUGAUGACCAGGAGAACUGUGUUUAUGAAACUGUGGUUUUGCCUCUGGAUGAGACAGCAUUUGAGAAGACUUUAACACCAAUUAUACAAGAGUACUUUGAGCAUGGAGAUACCAAUGAAGUUGCGGAAAUGUUAAGAGAUUUAAACCUUGGUGAAAUGAAAAGUGGAGUGCCUGUGUUGGCAGUGUCCUUAGCAUUGGAGGGGAAGGCCAGUCAUCGAGAAAUGACAUCCAAGCUUCUUUCUGACCUUUGUGGGACAGUAAUGAGCACAAAUGAUGUGGAGAAGUCAUUUGAUAAGUUGUUGAAGGAUCUACCUGAAUUAGCAUUGGAUACUCCUAGAGCACCACAGUUGGUGGGCCAGUUCAUUGCCAGAGCUGUUGGAGAUGGAAUUUUAUGUAAUACCUAUAUCGAUAGUUACAAAGGAACUGUAGAUUGUGUACAGGCUAGAGCUGCUUUGGAUAAAGCUACUGUGCUUCUGAGUAUGUCUAAAGGUGGAAAGCGCAAAGAUAGUGUGUGGGGAUCUGGAGGCGGGCAGCAGUCUGUCAAUCACCUUGUUAAAGAGAUUGAUAUGCUGCUUAAAGAGUAUUUACUCUCUGGAGAUAUCUCUGAAGCUGAACACUGCCUUAAGGAGCUGGAAGUACCUCAUUUUCACCACGAGCUUGUGUAUGAAGCCAUUGUAAUUGUUUUAGAAUCAACUGGAGAAAAUGCAUUCAAGAUGAUCUUAGAUUUAUUAAAAUCCUUGUGGAAGUCUUCUACCAUUACCAUAGACCAAAUGAAAAGAGGUUAUGAGAGAAUUUACAAUGAAAUUCCAGAUAUUAAUCUGGAUGUCCCACACUCAUACUCUGUGCUGGAGAGAUUUGUAGAGGAAUGUUUUCAGGCUGGAAUCAUUUCCAAACAAGUCCGAGAUCUUUGUCCAUCAAGGGGAAGAAAGCGUUUUGUAAGUGAAGGAGAUGGAGGCCGUCUUAAACCAGAGAGCUACUGAACACAAGAACUUUUACAAUCUUAGGUGUGAUAACUGCAGAUCUGAACUGGAACAUAUUGAUUGGUCUUAAAUACUAGACAGUUAAGUAAAUGGUGGCUGGAACAUCUAUUUUUCUACAAAACUGGAAAAAUGAACCCGGUUCUACAAGAAUGUACAACAAAAUAAACCGUGAAGCAGUGUUGACUCUUUA